AAAGAGCUCACCAAUUUACCCCGACUUUUUAUGGUCUCAAUAACUCAAAUAAAACCCGUUUAAUCACACACACACACACACACUCUCUCUCUCUCUCUCUCUCUCCGUCUUCUCCAAGUAGCUAAAGCUUCUGGUUCUGCUGGUCAUCAUUCAUCAAUGGCUAUUUUGGUUGUGUCUAUGCUCAUAUUAUCUAUGGCUGCUCAUUCAAGUGGAAACUGGUGUGUGUGUAAGAAAGGUGGACAAGAUAAGGUGCUUCAGCAAGCGAUAGACUACGCAUGUGGAAAUGGAGCAGACUGCACUCAAACUCAUGAUGGUGGCAAAUGUUUCAAUCCGGACACGGUGAUGGACCACUGUAACUAUGCGGUUAACAGCUAUUUCCAAAACAAAAAUCAGGCCCCUGGUUCAUGUGAUUUCUCCGGUGCAGCUAUGGUGGUCACCGCCGAUCCAAGUUCCAAUGGAUGUACUUUUCCUACUUCUGCCAGUGGUACAACUGGAUCAACAACCAACACAAAAUCACCGGGUUCCACCUCCACUUCACCAUACGGAAACAACCCAUCUGGCGUGUUAGGUGGCGGAAUGGGAGGAGGGUUGGGCCCAUCUGCGUCCAGCAUGGACACAGAUGUCAGCCACGGUGGACGUCAAGAAAACAACAUUUUUGGUUUCUUGGCUAUUAUUGGAGGCGUGGGAGCUUUUAUGCUUACUUGGGGUUGAUGAAAAAAGAUUGGUGGUGGUGUACAAGUCUGUACUGCAUGUUCGUGAU